CAAACAUUAAAAGAAAACAACACAGAGAAUAAAUAAAUACAAAUAUGCAAUAGUUUCUCACUUUUAAGUCCACAAUUUUUGUUGUGUUUUUUGCAAGUACAUUGUAGCAAUUGACAGAGAAUCAUGGGGAGGUUGUUUGUGGUGAACUUGGAAGGGAAGAUCUAUAGCUGCAAACACUGUCGUACCCAUCUUGCCCUUUACGAAGACAUCUAUUCCAGGACAUUCCAAUGCAGACAUGGGAAAGCUUAUCUCUUCAAUAAGGUUGUGAAUGUUUCUCUUGGUGAAAUGGAAGAGAGAAUGAUGAUGACUGGGCUACAUACCGUGGCUGACAUUUUCUGUGUGGGUUGUGGAUCAAUUGUGGGUUGGAAAUAUGAGACUGCCUAUGAAAAAAGCCAGAAGUACAAGGAGGGAAAAUCAGUGCUUGAACGGUACAAAGUGUCAGGUCCUGAUGGAAGCCAUUAUUGGAUCAGCCAUGAGGCACAUGUCGGUGGAAGUGAUGCAGAUGAUGUCUAGUCAUCUUACCAUUCUCAGUUAACGGUAUUUGGAUGAAGAAAGCAUUUCAAGUGCCCUGUCUCUGACUCCCUUUCUCUUUAAAUGGAAUGUAUUCAAAUAAAAGACUGGUGGAAAAAAAUGUAUUAUAACCAAAACCUUAUUGGUUGAAUUCACUUUAGUUUCUUCCUGAAAUCAAAUUUCAUCAAUUCUCAUGUUAAAUAGAAUUCUGCAUGAAUGUAUACUGACAUAACCGAAUUGAUAUGCAAAGAUUGGGAUUCAUGUCUUA